AUGGGUAGGUGUUGCUUCUUUUUGGUUUUAGAGUCAAAUGACUGUCUCAAAGUCAAAACUGUAUUCUUGAAAGACAAUAUUCCUGGAAGAUUGGAUGAUGUGGUAAAGGAUAAAUUAUCCAACUUCUAUCCUGGAUCAUGGAUGCGGACGCAUAUAAGUAUUUCAGUAUUCCUUUUGUUUCACGAGCUGGAUCCUGUGAAAGAAGCGUCAGCUGUUCAUUUGGAUCAAGAUGGAAUAUCACAGGACUUUGUUUCAGCCUUACAAAAUAUGGACCUUGAAGAUUCUUUGGAGGAAGCGCAUCUGCUAUUUCAGACCAACCAACUUCUCCUGUCAACUUUCACAUCAGUUGUCUCUGAAGCACCAACUAGAUCACAUUUACUAACUCAGUUUAGGCCAGGAACUUCAUCGUCUACUGAAACUUACAAUACAAUAACAACCGAGGAAUCCGAUCUUCCUAUCAGUAUUGCUCGUAGUCCUCUAACACUUGUUACGGUUUUUCCACCUAUGUCUCCAACGGAUUCUUGA